GAGACUGCGCAUCGAUUAUUCGGCGGCGAGCGCGCGUCGCGACUGCACGCGCGCACUCAUGCUCCCGUUUACCGCCCGAAACGAUCGCGACGCCGGGAAAUGUUAAAUUAUUACAAGAAAACAUAUAUCAGCCGGAUCGGACGCGUGUGUACGUGUGACCAGAGUGUGUAGUGCAUGAGGUGACGGUGGUGCGGGUGAUGUCAAGCUAAGGGCGGCGCGGCCGAGCCGGCGACGACAUGGGCAACUCUUGCAGCUCGGGGCAGGCACACAAGGACAAGGAUAAUGUAUCACAACAUUCUGAAGAGUACACAGUAUCGACUGGAGGCCGGGACAGGUCAAACUGCUGCUCGCGCAGGUCACCGUCGUACCGCGUCACGAAGCCGUCCAUCGACGCGAGCGCAGACCCUCAGGCUGCGCCGGCGCACCACCUGCUCGAGCCCUCCUCCUCCAUGAAGGAGAACCGGCCUCAGCUCAAGGGACCCCGGCCAAUCGGAUCUAGUGUUUCAGACUCGAUCUCCCUCUCGUCCCCGGUAGCAUGUACCUCCCCGCGGGAGGACGUGCUGGGCCCUCCGAUGCCCAGCAACGUGUGCGCGCUGCCCGAGGAGCACCGCUGCUGCCUGCUCGGCAAGGUGCCCGGGCUCAGGGCGCGCCGGCGGAAAGCUAUGCUCAUAUACGUAUGUGCUGCUGAUUCUCAAGACUGUUGUGCGGAGAAGGGCGCGCUGCAGUGCGGCGCGGCGGCGCGGCUGCGCGUGCGCGCGCGGCGCCGCGGCUGGCGCGUGCACGUGGCCGACCUGCACUGGCGCUCCCCGCUCGAACAGCAGCGCGACCACCGCUUCCCCGUGCUGUGCAUUGCUGAGCUGGCUCGUCAAUCGGAGCUGGGUGCGGUGGUGCCGGUGUUGUUCCUCAACUCGGGGCUGGGGACUCCGCUGCUGCCCCACACGCUCGAGUGCGCGGACUUCAAGGCGGCGCUCGAGACCGCUGAGGACGAGAGCGAUAAGGCGCUCUUGAAUAAAUGGUACGUACUGGACGCGAGUACGACGCCGCCAUGCUACCGUUUAGUGCGCGGCGCGCCCGCUAGAUGGCGGCGCGAGAUGGCGCGCGCGCUCAACGUGCUCGUGCGCACGCUGCCGCAGGAGGCCUGCGAUGCUUACCUCACUACUGUUGUGGAACAGGAGGUACAGCACACGGUGCUAAUGAGCGUGGAGGCGGCGCGGCGCUGCGUGUGGGUGUGUCGCGCGGGCGGCGCGGCGCCGGAGCCCGCCGACACCGGCGACCGCGCGCACCAACAGGAGCUGCAGCGCCGGCUCAACAACUUGCAGAAGGAUCUUAAGCAACACCUGAGCGAGCGCAACGUGAUCCGCGCGACGAUGCGCGGGCGCGGCGGCGCGGACGACGACUACACCACCGGCGUGAGCGCCGCGCUCGGGGACCGGCUCGACGCGCUGCUCGAUGCACUAGUUACCGACCACGACCUGCCUGCAGGGUAUAAUGGGAUACCGACCAGUUUGUUCGACGAGGUGAACGAGCACCUGGCGUUCUGCCAGAAGGCGGCGCAGUGCACCUCCAAUAGAGAGAUCACGCUGAACGAACUCAAAACGUACAUAACGGGUGAUAGUACGGUCCCGCUGGCGCUGAUAGGCGGCGCUGGGUGCGGUAAGGCCACUCUAGUGGCCCGCGCCGUCACGCAGGCGCACACCUACCAACCCGACCUCGCUGUUAUUGUGCGGUUCGUGGGUCUGACGCCUCAGUCGAGCAGUUCCCACAUGCUGCUGAAGUCCAUCGUGGACCAGUGCCACGUGCUGCUCACCGGCACCGUCUACCGGGGACGGAAUGACGUGUACUCGCUGUCGGCGGCGCUGCCGGGGCUGCUGGGCGGCGUGGGGCGGUCGCGGGGCGCGCUGCUGUGCGUGGUGGGCGCGGACGCGCUGCGCGCCGCGCGCUGGCUGCCCGAGCGACUGCCGCACCACGUCAAGAUGAUCGUCACCGUCACCGAGGAAAAAGACGAGCCAUCAAGUUCGGCAAUUAUGGCGGUCCUGUCAUCGGAAGAUGGGCCCAAAGUGGUGCGGGCCCCGCCGGUGGGCCCCGACGAGGCCAAGGCGGUGCUCACUGCCUGCGCCGCCACGUACAGCAAGACUGGGGCCGCCUCGCCACCUGAGGCCGCUGUGAAGGCCGUGCAGAAGUGCACUCUGCCGCUUUAUGCUAAGAUCCUAGCAUGGCAGAUCUCGCUAUCAGCGGAGACCUUCACCGAAUUAACGGAACCAGAAACAACACCAGAGCUGGUGAUCUGCGAGGACUUGGAAGGUCAACUGAUACAGAUCCUCAUCACCACGGAGGCGGCGCUGGGCGCUGAGCGAGUGAAGACUUGUUUGGCACUGCUCACUGCCUCCAGGCGGGGGCUGGAUGACACUGAGAUACUGGAUAUACUGGCUCAUGAUGACCUGUUCCGGAGCGAGGAGACUUAUUUACCAUGGGCCCCCGCCUCGCUGGUAUGGCCGCAGCUGGCGGCGCUGCUGUCGCCGUGGCUGCGGUGGGACGCGCGCGGCGCGGCGCGGUGGCGGGACGCGGCGCUGGCGGGCGCGGCCGCCGACCGGUACCUCGCCGACUGCGACACCGCCGUGCGACGCACGCUCAUUGACUAUUAUGAGGGUAAAUGGUACUCGGAGAACGAUCCGAAGAUGGCGGGCCGUCUGGUGUCACAGGAGAACAAAUUCUCAGAGGAAUACUACAACACAAGAAAGCUAGACGAGCUGCCAUUCCAACACUACCAUAUUUACAAAGAUGACCCAACCACGUUCGCGAACCAACCUUACUUCACCCAACUGGACUGGGUUCACGACAAGCUAGCUGCAACCGACUGCUGCCAUUUCCUUGAAGACAUAGCUUUAGUCCACCUCGACCCCCUACCAGAACACAUUGAAAUCUUAAAAGACGUAUUCGAAACUCACUCCUACGCGUUGGACUAUGACCAUCGCCAGUUCUACGGGCUUUUACGAAUGACUAUGGAGAAGAGACAGCGCAAUGGACAUCAAAUCAAAAGUAAAAUCGUUCAGGAUUGGAUGAAGGAGAUCCAGGAGCCUCCGGUACCGACGUUGUACCCUGAGAAUGUUGAUUUCUGGAAGAUUAUGGAGUGUAAGGAAAAGCGGGACUUUUCUAUGCACGAUGGAUUUGAUACCAAGACUUAUGAUUUGAUCGUCAGGUUCGAUAGUAGGGGGAAAUUUGUGGCUACUGUAUCGACUGAGAGGGAGGAGAUCUGCGUUUGGGAUGUUGUUAAAUGUCAGCUAGUAAGGAAGAUGGUGGGUGUGACACACCCCAUCAACUUGGUGCCAAUAGACGAGUACAAGUGCGUGGUGCUAUGUCGCAGGGAGCUGAGGGUCUACAACUUGGAUCAGGGCACAUUCCUGGUGGCUCUAAAAGGCGUGAUGAACCAGAAGAUGCCGUACUACGGGCUCCACGACCCGACGCACCUCGUCGCACUCUCCAGGAACAGGAUGUACGUCAACCUGAUGAAUAUUGAGACUGGUGACUGUGUGACGACAUUCAAGGCUGGAGAGGACAGGUUCCUCAACUCUCUGCUGGUGUCUGGAGAUGGAAGGGUGCUAGUAUGUGGCGACGAGACUCAGAAACCGUUCCCUCUGCUCGUCUGGUCGCUCACGUCUCGGAAACUGCUGUACGACCUCAGGAUACCGCACCACGACUUCAUCACUUCCAAAGCUGCUAUUACUUAUGAAGGUUCCUACGUCUGCGUGGUGUCUCGCGAGCUGGACGAGCCGAGUCCCAACUUCAUAGUGGUGUACGACCUGCAGUCAGGCACGCUGUUCAAGAAGUGGAAGCCUGGCUGUGACACCGUGGCACUCGCCAUCAGCUCCAUCGACGGCUGUGUCGUCUCCGGACUGGCUGAUACCAGGAUACUGGUGUGGGAUCUUGUUACUGGCAACUGCCGGCUGACACUGCGCGGUCACGUGGCGGCGCCAUCUAUGUUGCGUCUCGCGAAGUCGGGCGGAGUGCUCAUGUCCACGGACGAUACGUGCAAGGAUCUCUCCGUCAGGCUGUGGGAUCUGCACACCGGCAAACUGAUAGCAGUAUACACACCACCAGAGCGAAUAACAUCAUGCGAGGUGUUACUCGGCGGUUCGGUCUUGGCGCUAGCGUUAGAAAACUAUAAAGAGGUCCUAUGCGUCAAGCUGUACGGUCCCACAGUAGAAUCUGUGCAGAAUGGUAAGGAGGCAGAGUUUGACGAUAGAGAGUAUGGCGACCAAAACCUAGAGGGGCGGACUUUCGAUGUAAAAGGACUGGAAAACUCAUAGCAGGUCGCUCGGUAAGGUAAAGGUUUGGUAUGUUAAUGAUUGUGAAAGCCACUGCGUUUUUUUUUUUUAUAUUUUUGUUGUGUGAUGUUCAACGUAAAAUUAACAAUUUUACUACUAAUAUUCAUGGUACCUAAGUGUCGAUACUCCCGCAAAAUAAUAUUAGACCUGUCCAGUACCUUAUUAGCCGUCUGAUUGGCUGGCGCGAAUAAACCAACCAAUCAGAGCGCCGUACACGCACUCAUUUCGUUUUCGUUCAACGUAAAGCAAACUCGUUCUAAGGUUACAGGAGUAGGUGCAGUGAUAUUACUCAGAUUAAAUGAACAAAUAUUUGAGUGUGCUGUGCUUUCGACAUAAUUAAAAAUGACUAAUAUCAAAUCUGAAUCAAAAUCAUAACUAACCAAUUUUACGUUGAACAUCAUAAUGAAUUUGAUAUUAUUAAAAUUAAAAAUACGUAAACAUAGGAAAAUAUAUCAAUCAACAUGUUAUUAUUGGGAAAAAUAAACAAAAUAUUUUUGAGCCAUAAUUAAAAAAAAAUAACAACCAAUCACAGUGGCUUAGGACCGCAGAGAUGGAAAGAAAAAAAAGAAAUUAAUAAAAAAAACAUUAAUGUUUGAUCUAUUACGCUUAUUAAUAAUUACAUUAUUAAAAUUAAAUAAUUAUAUUGUAUUUAGUGAAUUCUUUAUCUGUAAUGUUGAUGUUUAGAUGUAAUUUUGUGAAAAAUAGGUUAAGAUUUAUGUAUAAGUCUACGUAUAUUUCGUUUUUUGAACCUUUUUCUUACUAUUGCGUAAUAUUUUGUAGCUUUUAUUCGAUAUUUUUAUCUUCUUGGAAAUGGCCAAUUAUUCCUAAGAGACGGUGAUCAUUUUAAUAAUAAAUCUAUCAUGAAAUGUUUUCAUAUGAAAAUCGCGCUGGUAGUCUCGACAAAGAUUACGAUAGAAAUCGGUCGUUACGUUGUUAAUACAAUUUCAACUUUACUGUAAAGGUUUAAGGUUGAAAAUCUAAUUUAAGUAUAUAAAUUCUCGAUUUAGCGACCGAAUUUUGUCGUUAUCUAUGUUGCACUCCAGCCAGCACAAUGUGUUAUGCCUAUUCAAAGCUAAAACAACUCAAGUUUUAUACUGAAGCAAGAUCAGUUGUACAUCGUUUCAAAAUCCCGAUCUUGCUUCAGUUAUUUAGUUUUGAAUGGCUAUAAUGCGUUACCUACCAUAAAUUCACACAUUCUUCGAACCUCCAAACAAGAAAAGAGGAAGAAAAUUUAGGCUUCGAACUUGUAACGAAUUCACAAUCAAAAAAAACAAUGGAAAUUAAAAUUAUUAAAUAUUAUUUAUCAUCUACUUCAUUCAGUGAAAUAUGGAGUAGAUAUUACGUAAUGUGAUUACAUACAGUAUUUCCUUGUUCGGAGCCAAAGCUGCAACUGCACAAUUUACAAAAUAAAAUUUGCCGCCAAACGUCACCAUUUUUAUUCUUCCUCAACUGUCACUCCUUAAGGUCUGAUUCCAUUAAACAUAUGUACGUAACUCAAUUAAAUCUUUAGCUUAGUUAUCACCCUUAGCAUUUUAUAACCUUAUUAUCUAAUUAUCUAAUAUUUUGUUUUUAUUUAUUUAUUUAUAUUUCAACUUCCACUAAAAUCCUUGUAAAUGCCCUCGUUUUAUUUCUACUGCCAUUUUAUACUUCUUAUAUUGUAAGCAAAUAGCAAAUUAAAUAUAGGAUAAUCAUUCAUGUUUGAUUAAUAAUAAGGAAUGCACACAAUAGUUACCUAAUGCACAAAAUGUUUUUAUUUAAAACGCGCGAGAUGACAUGGAUAUUUGAAACCUUUUUUUUCAUUGUUUUGGAAAUAAUUUGAUAAGUUAUUUAUACCAAGAAUGUAAGAAUACCAGGGCCGGUGGUUCUAUAUUGACAACGACAGGAAUCGAUCGCUCUGUCCUGUUUUUAAUUGAAUUUUAUCCUUGCCUCUUUGUAAGAAAGUUGUAUUUCUCAUACCUCAUUACCAUCAUUGUAAAAGUGUUAAUGAAAUUGUUGACGAAUUAGACACCGAUUUCUGUCGUUAUCAUUGUAGAGACCUGAACCCAAGUACCAGGUUGGUUAGAAAAUAUACGGUUGUAUGUAAUUUCUUCUAACGUCCCUUUCUUGGGACCCCUUAUCGGGUAGCACCCAUAGUAAGAGUUUGCUUUACCUUACACCGAACGGGCUUUAGUUUCGAUUACUUUAAGCGUUAAGCAAACUCGUACUAAGGGUACAGAAAGAAUCGUUGAAUACCUAAUAAAAAGGUUUAAUUUAUUGAUGUAAUGAAAGCGCUAGAUUUGUUAUGACCCAUGCAUUUUGGGUAAAUUCUUGUGAAUAACAAAUGUUUUUCUUCGUCAAACAUAAUAUUGCUUAGAAAACAAACUUGUUUCAAAUCCAAUGAAUAUUUACCCAAAAAUGCAAGCAUUAUGUUACAAUUUAAUUUGUUACACGUUUUGGCUGGACUGAAGCGCGUUUAAUUUUUGAACUGUUUAUUUUGUCCGUGGCUGUAAAAACUAUAUUCGACCAAAGCAAUCUAUUAUAAUACCUAGUUCGUAAUCGUCUGAGCGUGAGAUAAGUAGUCAUUGUUUCUGUUCAUAGAACCACACCUUAACUGGAAAUCACUUGAUUAUCUAAAUUAUUUUCUGUCCUUUUGGCGCAGUUUUGUAAUAAAAUUAUGCUUGAAUAUAAAAUGUAUAUUUCUUUGAAAAUUUUAAGGAAAUAAACAAGUUUUCUGAAUGAAUUGUAAUAAAAAACUAAUCACAAUAUUUACUUCUUUGAUCAAUUUGUAGAAACCCAUAAUUUAAGGUAAACAACAAAACAAUUUCUACUUAUCUCAUUCUAAAUCUAAAGUUAAUUGAGUAAAGUGAUUGAACUGAAUCUUAAUGUCUUCUAUGUGAUUUAUUUAAUGUAACUUCCGCUGCCAUAUUUAACAUCUAAUUUUAAAAUAACAAUUUAAUGUUUUUAACUGUGUAAGUUAGGCCAUUCACACACUAGCGACACAUUGAGAUUUGAUUAUUAUCUGUGGCCGUAAGAGUCGUGUGUGGUCAAACCUUUAUUUAAUUUUAAGGGUUCCGUAAAUCUUUCUUUGUUUUUAUUUGUCGUCCGUUUCGUCCGUCCGCAGAAAUAAGAUUAAUUUCUAAAUGCCUGGUGCAUGAACAGCUUUCUGUUUACCUUAUAGGACCUUUGUUUAUUUAAUAGGAUUGAAAUAUUUAAGCUGUUGUGUUUGCUCAAUGAGUUUCGUGAUGUAUUUACGGAACCCUACAAGCGUACAGUUUUGUAUAGCUUGCCUAGAUACCUGUCGCACAAAUGUGAAUGUUUUGAUUUUUAAUCGACAAGCAGAUUAAACAUUUCGGGCACCAAGAAACAUUUGGUAUGUUUAUCAUUGUUGAGUCUUGUGACUCAAAUGAUGGCGCCAAUGUCUGUCUACAGUCGUAUUAAAAAUCAGAAUCUUCAAUUGUAUCUAUUUUAAACUAGCGCCCAAAGUUCGCUCGCUGGAGAUUAAAAUAUUUUCGCGUUGAUUCGAGCGAAAAUUAAUGGGACGCACAAACUGGGCGCACACCAAUAAAAUAUUUCAAAUUUCGAAUCGUGAACAGUGUUGACAAUCCAAAAAAAUAUUUUCUCAAUUGGUGUGUGACCAGUUAAUUUUAAAAGAAUAUUUAUUUUAGCAAUGAUAUAAUACUUUGUAGUGGAAACAGGCUGGUACCUGUCUUACUGAUAUUCUAUGUUAGUCAAAGUAGCGAUCAAUUUGAAUUAAAAUCUAAGUGACUAAUGUAAUAUAAUCGAUAAGACAACGGUGUAAUCGAUUGAAUUGUUAAAUUAUUUAUGUAUUCUGGAAAGUUACGUAUUACUUGAUGUCCUGAUUAAAUUAUUGGAAAAAUA